UCUCCGGGGCGAGCGCACGGCACCCCGCGAGCUGGAUGAGGCUUCCCGGCGCCCGCUCGCUGCCCGCGGCGCCGCCCCCGAGGUCCGCCCGCUGAGGCGCCCGCGCGCUCACCUGCCGGCCCGCGCGCCAUGGGCCAGCCCGCGAACCGCAGCGUCUUCUUGCUGGCGCCCAACGGGAGCCACGCGCCGGACCAGGGAGACUCGCAGGAGCGGAACGAGGCGUGGGUGGUGGGCAUGGGCAUCGUCAUGUCGCUCAUCGUCCUGGCCAUCGUGUUUGGGAACGUGCUGGUCAUCACGGCCAUCGCCAGGUUCGAGCGUCUGCAGACGGUCACCAACUACUUCAUCACCUCCCUGGCCUGUGCUGACCUGGUCAUGGGCCUGGCGGUGGUGCCCUUUGGGGCCAGCCACAUCCUCAUGAAAAUGUGGACCUUUGGCAACUUCUGGUGUGAGUUUUGGACUUCCAUUGACGUAUUGUGCGUCACGGCCAGCAUCGAGACCCUGUGCGUGAUCGCGGUGGACCGCUACUUUGCUAUCACGUCGCCCUUCAAGUACCAGAGCCUGCUGACCAAGAAUAAGGCCCGGGUGGUCAUUUUGAUGGUGUGGAUCGUGUCAGGCCUUACCUCCUUCUUGCCCAUCCAGAUGCACUGGUACCGGGCCACCCACCAGGAAGCCAUCAACUGCUACGCCAAGGAGACGUGCUGUGACUUCUUCACGAACCAAGCCUAUGCCAUUGCCUCCUCCAUCGUGUCCUUCUACCUACCCCUGGUGGUCAUGGUCUUCGUCUACUCCAGGGUCUUCCAGGUGGCCCAAAGGCAGCUCCAGAAGAUCGACAGGUCAGAGGGCCGCUUCCAUGCCCAAAACCUCAGCCAGGUGGAGCAGGAUGGGCGGAGCGGGCACGGACAUCGGAGGUCCUCCAAGUUCUGCUUGAAGGAACACAAGGCCCUCAAAACUCUGGGCAUCAUCAUGGGCACUUUCACCCUGUGCUGGCUGCCCUUCUUCAUCGUCAACAUAGUGCAUGUGAUCCAGGAUAACCUCAUCCCUAAGGAAGUUUACAUCCUCCUAAACUGGGUGGGCUAUGUCAACUCUGCUUUCAAUCCCCUUAUCUACUGCCGGAGCCCUGACUUCAGGAUUGCCUUCCAGGAGCUUCUGUGCCUGCGCAGGUCUUCUCUGAAGGCCUAUGGGAAUGGCUACUCCAACAACAGUAACAGCAGAAGCGACUAUGCUGGGGAGCACAGUGGAUGUCACCUGGGGCAGGAGAAAGACAGCGAACUGCUGUGUGAGGACCCCCCAGGCACGGAAGACCGUCAAGGUACUGUGCCUAGCGAUAGCGUUGAUUCGCAAGGGAGGAAUUGUAGUACAAACGACUCACUGCUGUAAUGCAGCUUUUCUACUUUUUAUGAACCCCCUCCCCGCAACGAAACACUAUACAGACUAUUUAACUUGAGUGUAAUAAAUUUAGAAUAAAAUUGUAUAGAGAUGUGCAGGAGGAAGGACGGCCUUCUGCCUUUUUAUUUUUUAUUUUUUUAAGCUGUAAAAUAAGAGAAAGCAUAUCCGAGUGAUUGUUUGUUGUACAGUUCAGUUCCUUUUUUUGCAUGGAACGUGUAAGUUUGUGUCUGAAGGGCUUUGGUCCCAGAGGACCUGGGGCUGCUAUGUUUUGAUGACUUUUCCGUGGAUCUACCUCAUUGAUCAAGUAUUAGGGGUAAUAUAUAUUGCUGCUGGUCAUCUGUAUGUGAAGGAGUCUUUUCUUCCUGCACCCUUGCACUGGAGGAUCUUGAGUAUCUUGGACCUUUCAGCUGUGAACACGGACUCUGCUGGCCCCUCUUAUUUGCUCAAACAGGGUGUUGUUGUAGGCAGGGAUUUGAGGGGCAGCUUCAGUUGUGUUCCUGAGCAAAGUCUAAAGUUUACAGUAAAUAAAUUGUUUGACCAUGACUUCAUUGCACCUGUUUCUCCAAAACCCCUUGACUGGAGUGUGGUCGCCUCCCCCCACUGGAAACCGCAGGGCUUUGCUGCCUCUUCUCACAUUCUCCUCCUGCUCUGGGCCCCACACCCAGAGGUGCGGGCAGCUUCUCCAGCCAAUCUUCACCCUUCUGGUGGCCUCACAGGAUCUCGGACUUGAAAGAGCCCAUAGAAAGCAUUUGACAUCCAAAGAGACGAAAAAUCUGUGAGGGGGAAUGACCUGCCCAAGGUAAGAAGCCAAGGAUGUCAGAGACGGGGCUGCAGCCGUAGAACCCAGCAGUCAGCUGUUAUUCCUGGAACAGAUGUCUUCCCUCCACUGCAUGGCCAUUGACUUCUGUCCUCGCCCUCAAUGGUGGCAGCUUUCUCUCCCUGGGGCUGUCACAGAACAAACCCAUGUCAGUGGGUGUUACUGCUCUCAGGUCCUUAGCGCAGAAUUCAGGCAAUGACCAAAUAACCACAAUAGGGAUAAGAGAAAGAAUUGUUCUUUUACCCAGCAAGAGUCUACUAGGAUAU